AUGCCAAGAAAGGAAGUGAAUACAGAAGAAAGCCGUAAUGCAGAACAUAAUACUGGCAAUUGCCAAUUUUUAUUAAUGCCUACUGUUGGAAGAAUGACAAUCUGUCUUCAAAAGUUUACUCCAGAAAUGCAAGAUGAUGUUAGAUUACUUGCAACAUAUGAUGUACACUCCAGUGUAAUUGUUGAAGUGUUGCAACACAAAAAUCCAGGAAAAUACAUUUACAAUCAUGAUGUUUAUAACUUGAUUAAUUCCAUUUGCUGUCAUGAAAAUCAAAGUAAAAGUUAUACUGGUUCAGUAUACCUAAAUCUAAUGAAACAACAACAGGAAAAUCUAUCCUUUCAUAUCAAUGCACAGUUUGAAGGUCAAGAAAAUUAUCUUGUAUGGCUUUGCUAG